AUGGCAGGCACAACGAUUGCUUUGCCACUGCAACAGUUCAUCGCAUCAUUGGAUAAAACUUGUUUACCCAGAAUUUUACAGGUUUGCUCUGGGGUGUACUUCCAAGGGUCUAUAUAUGAGCUUUCUGGGAGUGAGGUGUGCUUUUCCACCGGGGAUCUAAUAAAAGUCACUGAUAUUGAGCUUGUAUCAGUCAGAUGUGAAGAUAUUAGCAACAAUGACACGUUUGAACUGCCAAUUAAUCACAAAGGCUUGUUCAGGGUGGUUCCAGAGAAGAUGCCGUACAGCACGGUAGAGGAGAUGCUGAGUCUGAGGCCUGUAGGCCUGGACUCUUGCCUCCCUUUUGCUUUCAAUAGCCACUCUGAAAUAACUUUGGACAAUUUCACACUCGGGGCCGGGAAAGCACUAACUGUGCUCUCCACGGAGCAGCGUGAAGGAGAAGAGGGUCAGGUGCGCUGCCAUUUCCAAGGACAACAGGGAGCGUCGGCAGAGGUGGUUAUCCCUCUUUCCUGCCGUGGAGAGUUCUACGAGUGUGAGAGUGAGGAGUGCUUUACUCUCCAGGAGAUCAUGUCCUCACCUCACCUGUGUAGUCGCAGGUUUUGCCUCAACAAUACCACCAUGGGGGAUCGUUCUCUUGUCCUCAGCCCUGUAUACCAAGUCCAGGCCAUUAUGAGCUUGAGGAAGAAUGUGGUGAAAUUUCCCUCCAGCUUAGAGGUGGAUGUGCUCGAUGUGACCGAACAGUGCAGGGAUGUCACUUUUGUGACUCCACUGAGUCUAACAGAGGUCCUCUCCCAGCCAGAUGAAUCCUUCCCCGUCAUGGCAGAGAUACUGGAAAGUCCAGAGAGCCGGUCUACGUUGCACUGCAGCUGGCUGCCCAAACUAAACAGGGGCCAGCAACUGGUUUUCCACAGGAAAGGCACCACAGACAUGGUGCUGGCCUCCAGCUUGAAGGGCCGCAAGGCACAGCAGUACUUCCUAAUAUCUCAGGAAUAUGGUGGACGAUUUCGAAAGAGGCCAAGAGAGUUCAGCUCAGUGUAUGAACUGAGUGUUGCUUUGGCGCUGACGCCGGGUCUCAAGGUUAGUGUAACAAGAAACAUCGAGGAAGUGGUGGAGGAGGGCCUGCCUGCCCUCAGUGUUGGGGAUCAGCUGGAGCUUGUGCGCUGUGAGAGGGUCGAAUUGGCAUGUGCGGGCAGUAAGGAACAAAAGCAGACCGUUGAGGCUCUUAUUUGUCAGCGCAUCCAAGACUUCAAUGAGGAGGAGGAUGAUGAUGAUGAAGGAGAAGCUGAGGACAAUGAGAAAGAAGAACUUGUUCUGCCUCUGUACAUGCAGGGCCAUUUUGUGGAGAAACUAGCCGACAGCAAGAAGUAUAAGCUCAAGGACUUGGCUAAAGAUUUUACGUUGCCGCUGGAUGUUAAGGUGGUGAGUCGUGAUACAGAACUCAAGGCAGAUCCUCUGGUUGGGUUAUCAUCCCUCAGACUAGAAGGGACUGUGGCAGAGCCCACCAUCCAGGCAAGCUUUCCUCACAGUCCAGAGCACUGUUUUCAGAUCCCAACACACUGGCUCUCUAUGUCUGUCUGUUUUACCAAAGACCCCUUGCCAUGGCCCACAGACCAACCCCCAAAGAUUCACAUGGAUAAAGUUACCGAGGUGACAGACACGUUUUAUUAUGAGUUUCGCAAACAAGGGGGCUCAGAUGAGACUCCACCCCCGCGACCUCCAAAGCGAAACCCAUCAACAUCUACUGUGCCCUCCAAGAAAGUUUCAUCAAAAUCCUUCAAGAAAGCCCAGUCCAAGACAAAGAAUUCCAAAGACCUGCCGGAUCAUUCACCACAUCACAGCAGCGUGGACAAAGGAUUGAGCAAUUUAACUUUAAAUAGCAAAAAGAGGCCUCCUGCUCCCCCACCUCCGGCUGACAUAGAAGAUACGCCACCACCAAUCAACCCCCGAAAGCCCAUUGCACAGCUGAAAUCGGGCAAAGCUCUGCCAAACACCUAUGUGAAAGUCGAGGAGUCAAAGAAAAAAGUGACGCUGUGUGAUGUCCAGGCGGACGUGGACAGCGACCAUGACUAUGAAAUGGUGGAUGAGACUAUGGCAGACAUGGUGAAGCGAGCACAGGAGAGUGUCAUGUUCUACUAAAAAUGCCAAACUUCAGCAACAGCAACAAUCACAAACGGGCUACAAGACCUGAGCUGUCAGUGACGUGUGGGGGCAGUGGCGGUGGAGCAAAUGUUGUGUUGUCUUUAAAUUAUACUAUCUUGAAUAUAUAUUUUAAUAUAAUGCCAUAUGUGUUUUACAUUACAGCCAAAUCAAAUAUGACAUAUCAUACAAUCUGGAUAUCAUCAGUAGUAAUUCAAUAUAUUAAAAAUAUUCAAUAUACAAUAACAAUAAGGGACAGCUUAAACUCUAUUAUUAUAAGUAUUCUGUUGGAGCAAUAUAACUACCAUAAUCUGCUUUACUUUCAUACAAUAUUUUUUAUAAAUCACUAGUAGGAAUCACUAGGGCUGCAUAUGUAACUUUGGAAGGAAACAAACUAUACCAGUUUACUGUAAGUAAAAUAAGGACCUAUGAUUGUUCACAUGCCUCAGGUAUGAAAGUCAAUGUGCUUUUAUUUUAUGAUGGUCAAUAAAGCAACAUGUUUGCUACAGUAACUCAUAACUAUGGUUGUACUGGGGAUGUAGGACUAAUGAGUCUCCUCUAA